UGGAUGGGGGCUGAACCACACAGAAAGAGCCCUUGGCAUACUUGGUAUGUUGUAAAUAGAGCCAUAUACAGACGGAGAUGAUGCGCACUGUAAGCUUUCUUCUCGCAGUGUCUUUCUACGAUGCAUGAUCAAGAUAGGCUGCAGCGCAAGUGACCUAGGGUGGAGUGGCUGAUAUCCUUGUUUUUUGUCCCGCUACGUUUCCUACACGCAUCGCGUACACAAUAGAGAGCCUCUCAGCUUCUCUUUUGACGUACACCCAACAUGGCUUGGUUUUUAAAGUUUGAUGCGAUUUUCUUGGGUGACGCCCAUGGCAUGCCACGGGUAAUAUCGCUGACGGGGAAGAAAAAUGUCCAUUAUCCAGCCUUGUCUUCAAUCUGAAUCCCAAUUUUCCGUCUACUCUUUCACACUCUUAUAGUGUAGCAUCUCUCUUAGUAUAAAAAUAAAUAAAUAAAUAAUAACAACAUCUGGAAGCCAGCAAAUAAAAAAAGAAAUGUAGAAAACCAGAAAGGCUGCCUGUUUCUCAUCGACGAUUAUUGAAUAAUAGAUUUACACAAAUAUGUCGUGACGAAAUUGGAUAGUUUUUGAAGUGGGAGGGAUGUUCGCUUUUGGUAAGAACCUUUACAUUGGUGAGGGCUGCUCUUGGUUACCUUUUUUGGCCUAAUAUGGCGUGGUUCUUUUUUUUUUUUUUUUUAUUUUUGUUAUUUCGUUCCUCUCCUCCCAUGUGUAUGUGUGUGUGUUUGAGUGUGUCUAUGUCUGUGCGUAUGAGUGUGUGUAUCUUUUGGAGACCUAUUCCCCCUGGCUGAGCGCACGCACACCUAUUGCGGCUUCGCUAGUCAGGAAGCGAAGACCUCUCUCUACUGCCGCACACGAUUCAGAACCAGUCUCAGUUAUCAGCCAGUCGUCCCACUUGACGCGUGUCAGAUUGGUGAUUGCGCUGCCCUCGACACUUGUGUCUGAACUUUCGAAACUCUAAAGAAUGGAGCAAGUUAUUCUUCGCAAGUUGGACGAAAUGUUUAGCGAUUUGCGACAGGAAAUUCAGCAAAACCAUUUGCUAAAAGUGCACCCAAUGAAAGACCAACACCAAGGCCAUUGUCUUUCUUCUCGAUCCAGUUCUAAUUUUAGUAGCAAUAGAAGGCAGUCGCUACCGAGUCAUGCCACACCAGGUCGAAGAGUGUCAAUGCCUGCCAAACUGGUGCCGUCAACGACAUCAUCGAUCAGACGAGGAUCACUUCCUAUCGAAGUUGAGGGCCGUCGGUCUAGUCUUCCUGCUUUCCCCACUCGACGGUUGUCUGUUGAAUUACAACCGCAGCGCCGGGAAUCGUCCAGUUCGAGGAAAUUCUCUCGCGAUUCACUUGACCUGGAUUUGGUUAUUGAAGACGCCUCCGAAGCAGAUGCCGAUUCCGAUUAUAACAAUUCAAUUAUAGUCGAAGAAGACGAGGAGACAGACACCCAGUAAACCUAAAACGAAAGGGACACAUACUUCAACGCACGUCAAAAUUGAUCAGGCGAAUCACUCAUUCAACCGUUCCUUGGUUGUUUUGCAUUUUCAAAUGUUAACAAGCUGUCAAGUUUAUUUUCGCCUGUAUUUGCAACACGAAAUUGUAUCGGACAAACGCAAAAAAAAAAAACCAACGUCAUGUUUUUGCAUUGAA